AUGAGCAGGGUGCUGCUGGCGGGCAGGAUGCAGCCGGAGAGCCGGAGUGUCUGCGUCUUCCUGCCCCCCCGGGAGCAGCUCAACCUAGCCGUGGGGGUCAAAGCCACUGGACAGGAGCUCUUUCAGCAAGUUUGUGAUUUAGUGAAGAUUAAAGAGCCUCACUUCUUUGGCCUCAGCAUUGUUAAAAAUAAUGAAUAUGUUUUUAUAGACCUGGAGCAGAAGCUUAGCAAAUACUUUUCAAAGGAGUGGAAGAAAGAGACCACCAAAGGAACAGAGAAAUUCAGCCCUCCUUUUGUUGCCUUCUUUAGGGUGCAAUACUAUGUAGAAAAUGGAAGAGUAAUCAGCGAUAAGGUGGCACGGCAGCUCUACUACUGCCACCUCAAAGAGCAAGUGCUUAUGUCUCGGUGCAACCACAAAGAAGAAAUCUACUUCUUGCUUGCUGCCUACAGCUUACAGGCAGACUUGGGGAACUACAGGGAGAAGGUCCAUGCUGGCAAAUAUUUUGAACCUCAGGCCUAUUUCCCUCAAUGGAUAAUUGCAAAGAGGGGGAGCGACUACAUCUUGAAACAUGCCCCAGAGAUGCACCGAGAACAGCAAGGGCUGAGCGCUAAGGAGGCGGUGCUGAAGUUCAUUAAGGAGUCCUGUCUGCUGGAAGAUGUGCCUGUCCACUUCUACAGGCUACAGAAGGAUAAGAAGGAGGAUCGCCCGACGGUUAUCCUGGGCCUGACCCUGAGAGGAAUGCACAUCUAUCAGGAGGUGAAUCACGUUCGCCAGCUCCUCUACGACUUCCCCUGGUCUCACAUUGGGAAGCUGGCGUUCCUGGGGAAAAAAUUUGAGAUCCAGCCAGAUGGUUUGCCCUCUGCACGGAAACUGGUUUACUACACGGGUUGCCCCUUCAGGUCACGGCACUUGCUGCAGCUCCUCAGCAACAGCCACCGGCUCUUUCUGAAUAUCCAGCCGGUAUUGAAGCAGAUCCAAAAAAUGGAGGAG